AUGGCUGACGAGGCAAACCGGCCUCUGCCAGCUAAGCAGUUGGGCUCCGACGAUCAGCCCAGGCCAUCAUAUCAAUUAUCAACAGAGUCAUCCCAUAUUUCGCAAAUAUCACCAUCUCAUUCAGACGAGGCCACCAUGGCAGAUUCGAACCCACGUCUGUUGGAGGAGCAGUCCAGCCCUAUUACACGGCCUUCGGAGCGAACAUCCGUCGACGAGCCUAGGCCAUCAUAUGAAUUAUCAUCAGAAUCAACACCUCUAUUGCACCGCCGUGAUGCUGAUGAAUUGGUAUACGGGACCGAACAAGGAUCGCUGCGAUCCCCGUCAUUCGCAUCACAGAACCCGCCCGAGGGUGGCGCCGUCAAGAAGCGGGGCCGUGUACCAUGGCCGACGGUCAUCUCUCUCUCUAUUCUAACAAUCAGUGUUUUGACGAUACUGGUAUUUGCCUUUGCUGCUCCCGCAGCCGUCAAAGAAUAUGCGCAAGAAGCCGCUGUCUUCAAACCGACCGCAGUAUCAAUCGAUUCUACAACAUCUGACGGCGUUCGAGCCCGGAUUCAGGGCGACUUUAUGAUGGACUCGGGCCGCGUGAAGAAUAAGUCGGUUCGAGGCAUUGGUCGACUGGCGACAUGGAUAGCCAGGGAAGUUGAGACGGGUCCAUCAAAUGUCGAAGUUUAUCUCCCAGAAUAUGGGAAUGUGCUUGUUGGAAACGCAGCAUUGCCCUCCAUCAAAGUGGACAUCCGCAACGGCCGUCAUACCAAUGUUGACUUCCUCACCGAUCUAGAGGCGGGUGACAUUCGAGGAAUCCACGCGAUAGCUCUUGAUUGGAUUGAGGGAAGAUUGGGCCGCCUUAGUGUUAAGGGCAAGGCGACAAUGCAUCUCAAGUCAGGCUUGUUCGCUUUGGGAACUCAAGUCCUAACACACAAUAUCAUCAUUGAAGAACAUGAUUUCCCUGUUCUGCCAAGGAUCAAUAUUCUCAAGCUGAAUGCGCGUGAUGCAAGCAGUGGUGGCAUGGCAGUGGAUGUCUUACUUUCAUCUUCGAUUGAUUCUCCUGUCGCUCUCACUGUUCCUGCCCUCGGAUUUGAUAUUCUUGUGCCGAACUGUUCACCCGGGGAUCCUUAUAUUCUGGUUGCCGAGGCGAAGACAAGUACGAUAGACGUUCAGCCUGGCCAGAUGACCGCAGUCGGCGUUGAUGGUUUCAUCCAACGAUUACCCGAUGAAUUGACCUCUACCUGCCCAGGACGGGAGGGUUCUCCUCUGGAUCUUUUAGUUUCGAGCUUUAUGCAAGGUCUCGAAACAACUAUCUACAUCCGUGGGUCUGAUGCACCAUCACUCAGUACCCCGGCUUGGAUUGUCAAUCUACUGCGCAGCGUGACUAUGCCUCUUCCAUUUACGGGACAUGCGCUGGACAACCUCGUGAAGAACUUCACGAUGUCCGAUACACAUUUCUCCCUUCCUAACCCUUUCGCAGAGCCAGAUUCUCCAGACUCACAACCCACAGUGUCUGCUCUAGUGAAGGUUCUUAUUGCUCUGCCAGAGGAGAUGAAUUUCCAAAUCGAAGUCCCGCAAGUUCGUGCCCUUGCAGAUGUCUACUACAAGGAAGAGAAGUUCGGUGUGUUGAAUAUCAGCCACUGGCAAGACGCCAACUCCACAUUGGUGAAUGAUCAAGAUGGCUCCUCUGCACUCCUUGUGGAGUUUGCAAUCAAGGAUGCACCAUUAGAAGUCACAGAUGAUGAACUUUUGGCAGAAGUCAUCCAAGCAAUGCUGUUCGGUAGCGAAACAGUCGUGCUCCGGGUUGCUGCCAGCGUAGACACAAAGGUCUCAACUGGUUUGGGCCGCUUCGCCUUGCGAGGGAUUCCUGCGGAAGGGGAGGUACCCGUGAAGACUUCCAUCGGCAACUCACUUGACCACCUCAAUCCACGCAUCGUCUCAUUACAACUAGGAGACACGACUGAAUUUUCGAUGUUGGUGUCUGCGCAGGCGAACUUUACUAAUCCAACGAAUUACUCGGCUACAGUCCCCUUCGUUGACCUUCUUGUACUCUACAAUGACACUGUUGUAGCCCACCUCACCGCUCAUAAUAUCUCUGUUGGGCCUGGUAACAACAGUUAUGUGCCCGUCGACUUCUUUUGGUGUCCGUUGGACGAAGCUGGAGCAGAUGGCGUUGAGGCAGGGCGGGCGCUGCUUUCAUCCUAUGUAUCAGGCUUGAAUACAACAAUCACCAUCAAGAGCUAUCGAAACACGAUUCCAUCUCUACCAAACCUGGGCGAAGCAUUAUCAGUCCUCAACAUCACUGUUCCUAUCCCUCGCAUAUCUAUUCCGGGUUCCCCAGGCAGCGAUGAUGAUGACAACAAGCCUCAUUUUAUCCAAGAUGCAACGUUCUAUCUCUGGUCCUCCACGGCAGAAUUCACCCUUUCCUCACCUCUAACGGAGAGCAAUGUUCUAAUCACCUCAAUCGACGCAACGGCUUUCUAUGAGGAAAAUGAGCCAAUCGGCCGGAUUAAUAACCGUGAUCCCUUUGCGGUGCCUCCUGGUAUCUCCAAGAGCCCACGCUUGCCAGUUGAUCUUGAUAUGGGUGGGGUUGGUUAUGACGCCCUGCGCAAGGCCCUUGGUCAGUCGUUGGAGAUGGAUGCUGUCGCUAAGGUCGGAGUGCUGAUUGGCAACUACAUGGAUAUCAUUUUCUAUCAUGGAAAAGGAAUUUCGGCUAGAGUGAGGUUCUAG